UACACUUCAAAAUGGUGAUAUAUGGUGUUUACAUCGUGUCAAAAUCUGGCGGUUUAAUUUUUAAUCACGAUCACAAUGUUCCGAAAAUUGAAGUCGAAAAGUCUUUUAAUUUUCCACUCGAUAUUAAAUUAAAUUACGAAAAUAAAAAAGUAGUGGUGGUUUUUGGACAAAGAGACGGAAUAAAUGUGGGUCAUGCACUGACUGCUGUGAACGGAAUUGCAGUCACAGGACGUGAACUUGAAGAUGGACGAGAUGCAUUGGAAAUGUUGGAGCAGCCAGAAAACUUUCCUAUAACAUUGAAAUUUAGUCGGGCAAAAAUGACAACAAACGAGAAAAUAUUUCUAGCUUCAAUGUUCUAUCCGCUCUUUGCUAUAGCGAGCCAAUUAAGCCCAGAACCACGAAGUUCCGGGAUUGAGGUUCUCGAGGCAGAUACAUUUCGUUUAUAUUGCUUCCAGACAUUGACAGGCAUUAAGUUUAUGAUAGUAGCAGAACCAUCACAACCAGGCAUGGAAAUUUUGUUGAAAAGAGUAUACGACUUAUAUGCAGAUUAUGCACUAAAGAAUCCAUUUUAUGCAUUGGAAAUGCCCAUUCGAUGUGAACUAUUUGAAACUAAUCUACAAACAUUACUUGAAACAGUCGAAAAAUCUGGAAUAAGCAAUGUUUAAUGUAUGUAUGUUGAACAUAUACAAAAUUAUUAAUUAGACUUUAAGGUUAUUAAAUAAGAAUACAUAAUGUAGCAGCAUUUUCUUUUUUUUUUUUUUUAAUUUCCAUUAUAUAUAUACUGUUAUAUGCAAAGCUUGUUUUUAUCACAUAAUUAAAGCUUUAAUUAUUUGAUAAAACAAUAAAAACUAAUUUUUCCCUAUAUA